AUGUCGGCAUUACCAAACUUUCCACCAUUUUCUGUGCAUGAGAAUGCAACGGACAUACGCUGGAAGAAAUGGAAGUUGAGACUGGACAAUCUCAUUCUUGCGAUGGGAAUAAAGAACGACAAAGCCAGACAGAGAGCUCUGCUACUUCACUAUGCUGGAGAGGAGGUAAAUGAGAUUUUUGAGACAUUACCUAACACAGGUGAUGAUUACGACACGGCGGUAGCAAGGUUGACUGAAUACUUCGCCCCAAAGAAGAACACUGAAUUUGAAGUGUACAAAUUCAGGCAGGCCAAGCAGGAACCCGGAGAAACAAUUGACACCUUCCACACCAAGCUAAGACAAUUGUCGUUAACUUGUGAAUUUAACAACAAUGACAAAGAAGUGAAAUCACAGAUAAUUCAAGGAUGCAGCUCAACAAGACUAAGAAGACGAGCACUGAGGGACGACAUAAACCUAGAAGAUUUACUUAAGCUGGCAAGAUCACUUGAACUAUCGGAUAAACAGGCAAGCGAAAUCGAGAAGACCGACAAAAGUGCCGAGGAAGUGCAUGCAAUGAGGAAACGUCGCAAUGCACCCAAAUUUCUGGAAAGAAAACAUGGUACCAGGGAUCGGACGGACACACCCUCAAAGGAGAAAUGCUUCAACUGUGGUGGACAGUUUCCCCAUCUGAAAGGACCGUGUCCGGCAAAAGGUAAGACAUGUAACGCAUGUCACAAGAUAGGCCAUUUCGCUUCCGUCUGCAGAUCAAAGAGCAAAUCAAUGAAUCGUAAACCCAAAUCUGUGAAACAGCCAGAGGCAUGUAAUAGCGACUCUGAUUCAGAAUCUUGCGAAUAUCUCUUUGGUUUAGAUCAAAUUAAUUCCAUUACCAGGAGACAACCGCGAAUAAAAGUUGAAAUCAACGGGAUACCCGUAAAUGUUCUAGUCGACACAGGCUCAAGCAUCAACGUUGUAGAUGAAUGUUCAUUUAAGAAACUUGAAAACAAAGUUAAAUUGCGGAAGGCUGAUACCCGUGUGUUCGUGUAUGGUUCUAAAACUACCCUUGAUAUUAUGGGAAAAUUCCAAGCAACAAUUGAAAACAAAAACAAAAUUGAGAUUGCGGACGUCUAUGUUGUCAAAGGGAACUCUGGUUGUUUACUUGGAUAUGAUACCUGUGUUCAACUGCAAAUUGUGCAGAAAAUAGCAUCUCUUAGUGAUGACAAAAUUGAAAUUUUGUGUCAAAAGUACCCGAAAGUGUUCAAUGGAAUCGGAAAACUUAAACACAAGCAAGUAAAACUCCACGUCGAUGAAUCUGUGAUACCUGUUUCACAACCACACAGAAGAAUUCCAUUCCAUGUCCGGAAACAAGUUGAGAAAGAACUCGAGAAAUUAGAGAAACUCGACAUCAUUGAAAAGGUUAAUGGUCCCACACCAUGGGUCUCUCCGAUCGUCGUUGCUCCUAAACCUAAGAAACCUGGAGAAAUUAGACUGUGUGUGGAUAUGCGGAAAGCCAACACAGCAAUACAACGUGAACGCCAUGUCACGCCAACCAUUGAUGACAUGAUUCUUGAUCUCAAUGGAUCUAAAGUAUUUUCCAAACUCGACCUGAAUGCUGGGUAUCAUCAGCUGGAAUUACACCCAGAUUCUCGGAAAAUCACAACGUUCUCAACCCAUGUUGGAUUACGUCGAUAUAAACGACUAAGCUUUGGAAUUUUUUCAGCAGCAGAAGUAUUCCAGAACUCGCUUAGUACAGCACUUGAAGGUUUACAAGGGGUUAGAAACAUCAGUGAUGACAUCAUAGUGUUUGGACAAACUUGCGAGGAACAUGACAGAAAUCUAGAGGCAGUCUUUAAACGAUUAGAGGAAAAACACCUCACAUUAAACAAAGAAAAAUGUGAAUUCAACAAAACGCAAAUUGAAUUCUAUGGAUAUGUAUUCAGUUCAGAGGGAAUUUCCGCAGACCCGAGAAAAGUGGAUGCGAUAAAGAACUCUGAGAUACCGUCAAAUGCAAGUGAAGUCAGGAGCUUCCUAGGCAUGACAAACUAUGUAGGGAGAUUUAUUCCCAACUAUUCAACAAUUACUGCGCCAUUACGAGAGCUAACCAAGCAAAAUGUGAAGUUUGAGUGGCAACCUAAUCAACAAAAAGCAUUCGACAUGUUGAAACGUGAACUUACAAGUGACAAAGUUAUGGCAUAUUUUGAUCCGUCAAAAGAAACAACAAUGAUUGUUGAUGCAAGUCCCGUAGGACUUGGUGCGUUAUUAACACAAGAAGGCAAAGUCAUAUCGUACGGCAGUCGUGCGUUAAAUGAUGUGGAAACUCGAUACUCACAAACUGAGCGCGAGGCACUGGCAGUUGUUUGGGGAUGUGAACAUUUUCAUCUGUAUUUGUUUGGUCAAGAUUUCAAAGUCAUUAGCGACCACAAGCCAUUGGAAGCGAUUUUUAAUAAUCCGCACUCAAAGCCUCCUGCGAGAAUAGAGAGAUGGCGAUUAAAACUGCAACCAUAUCAUUUUAAGCUACAGUACCGUCCAGGGAAAACAAAUGCGGCAGAUUACAUGUCCAGGCAUCCGUCUAAGUCAACAAAGAUAAACAGUCUGUCAGAUAUCGCCGAAGAAUACGUUAAUUACGUAACAGAGAAUGCCGUACCUAAAACGUUGACCUUAGCUGAAAUCAGCGAUGGAACUCAAAAAGACCCUAUCCUUCAACGAGUAAUUGAAGCAAUCAUUUCCAAGAAAAAGAUUCCAGAAUCUAAAGACCUCGAUAAAACAAUUGAAACUUUUAGACGAAGGCAAAAUGAACUAACUUUGCACCGUGACGGAAACCACAGCGUUCUACUCAUCGAAAACAGGUUGGUCAUUCCUAGAUCAUUACAACAAACGGUUAUCAAAUUAGCGCAUGAAGGUCAUCAGGGGAUAGUCCGUACUAAACAGCUACUCAGAGAAAAGGUUUGGUUUGUCAACAUAGAUAAGCAAGUAGAAGAAUUUUGUAAAGGAUGCGUUCCCUGUCAAGCAUCAGUACCAGGACAAAAGUACGCACCAUUGAAGAUGUCACCCCUACCUAACCGACCGUGGUCUGAGGUCAGCAUGGAUUUCUGUGGACCAUUUCCGUCGGGAUCCUACUUAAUGGUCGUUGUUGAUGAUUAUUCAAGGUACCCUGUUGUCGAAAUUCUAUCAAAAUUAACAGCAAAGGCAGUGAUACCGAAACUUGACAACGUUUUCGCCUUAUUUGGAAUUCCUGAUGUAGUCAAAACCGACAAUGGACCUCCGUUCAACGGAUCGCUCUUCAAGGAGUUCGCAAAACAUCUAGGAUUUCAACAUAGGAAAAUUACACCGUUAUGGCCACAAGCAAAUGGAGAAGCGGAACGAUUCAUGAAGACCAUUGGAAAAGCGAUUCGAGCCGCACAUGCAGAACACAGAAGCUGGAAACAAGAGUUAUACAGUUUUUUGCGCAACUAUAGGGCGACGCCACAUGCAACAACGAGCGCAACACCCGCGGAAUUACUACUAGGGAGAAAAUUAAAAACCAAAAUUCCCGAGAUUAUUCCAUCGUCUAAAAACACGGAAAUAUCACGUAAAGAUCAAAAAGAAAAAGAAAAAAUGAAGAGAUAUGCAGACAUUAGAAGAGGAGCACUAAAUCAUAAGCUGCAGCCGGGAGACAAAGUCCUUGUGAAACAACAGAAACAGGACAAACUAUCUACUCCAUACAGUCCCGAGCCGUACGAAGUAGUUAAACAAAAAGGCUCUAUGAUAACCGCUAAGAAUGAUAACAAAGAAGUCACCAGAAACGCAUCAUUCUUCAAGAAAAUUAAAGAACACGAAAGGUCAUCCGAGGUACCAGACGAUUCGAGUGAUGAAUUAAUUACCGCACAGCCGGAGCCUAGACGGUCAACUCGCGAGCGCAGACCACCAGCGCAUUUGAAAGAUUACGUGUGCGCAUAGUGUGAAGAUUUGUAAUGGGGCAUAAUAAUCCCCAAAUCAUAAUUAUAUAGUGAUUUUGUACAUAACAUUAGUAAUUAUGCAUGAAUAUGUUGUUUUAGAAAGUCCGAGGAAAGAGACACCAAUGUUGAACGGACAUUUAGAAAAUUACGGACAAUUCUCAAAAUGAAUCCCACAUGAACUUUGAUAAGUGUAAACGUUAAUUAGAAUUAUUUCGAUGUACAUGCUUUCAAUUAAAGAAAGGGAGGGAUGUAAUGUUUAUACUCUAAAUUAAAUCUGUCAAUCUAUAAUUAACAAUUAUCAUGCCAGCAUCAGAAUGUUUAUUUUCAAUCAAGCACUGCUCUCUGACAUUAUCAGUUCUCACGAUAAAGUUCUCUCCCUAAUUUCAUCUGUUGUCAAUCAUUAUCAUAUGCAUGGGAAUAUGUUCAAUCUGAUGGUCAC